AUGAAGAAAACUCAAAACUUACGAACAAAUGGGGAAAAAAAGUCCAAUUAUAAAUUUACUACAUAUCCUAUACGACCAAAAGCCAGUAAACGAAAAAUUGAUAACAACAUCAAAGAAAAACUAUUUCAAGCCAAAAUUCACUCAUACAAAGUUAAACAAAAAGUAUUAUUAGACAAUAUCAAAGAAGUGAUCACAGUAUACAAGAAAUGCAUACAUAUGUCUAAACAAAUUUCUCAGCCAAAAAGUAAAUAUUUUGAAGACGUUGAGUUAGCGGUGGCUCGGAUCGUAGACGAGGCAUUCGGGAUGCGAGUGCAAGCGCAUGACACAAACGACGAGGAAACGAUCAAACGACGGGACGCGAAAGAGUCGACGGUUUCGACGCUCAGGAUGAGUGACAUAAGAGUGUGGGACCGGCGGUCUCCGAACGACGGGGUCCUGAAUUCGAUUGCCGGAAGAUUGUUAGUCCAUCACCGGCGGUUACAGGCGGAGACGGACCGUCUGGCCGCGGACAGGGAACGGCUGCGCUGGUUGAUCGCGCAAUCGGUGUCCAAUGCAAGCAAUCCGGUCGACGAACUUACACGGGUGUUGGACGGCGACCUGUCCGCGAGUGUACCGGCCGUUUUGCAGAAACGUGAGCUGAUCGAAAUCAUGACGCGUAUCCGGGACGCUUUGUCGGCGAACCGAGGGAACAGGCUGUGCGUGGCCGAGAAUGGCGGGAACUCGUGUUGCAAUCGACGGCUGCACGGUCUGACGGGCGCCCACGAGUUGCGAGAGCUCCGGAAGCGGCUGGCUCUGGUUACGGACAGACUAAGAGCAGCUGAAAAGGACAAAUCUGAUCUGCUAGGUAUCGUGGAAAGGAGCAGAUCCGACCCGACUCCGAUCGAAUCGCUCCGGGCCGUACUCAGCAAAGAGAAAGAGAAAAAUGAUCACUUGCAAUCGGUUGUCGACGUCAUGUUUACUGCCAUCCACAAAAAUGCGUGA